AUGUCUGAUAACAUUAUUCCAAACUUCUUGUUUUAUAAAGAAUAUGGAAUUAAAUUAGUCGACCCUGAAUUAUUUGAACAAAUUAAACCUGAAAAUCUUGAUAUUCAUACAGAAAAUACCAUUGACAGAGCAAUUAUGUAUAAUUUCAAAGAAAGAUUUAUCUCAUUCACUGAAAGAGAAGGUUUUGAUAAUGAUCAAAAACUUGUAAGCUAA